AUGUUGGAGCUUGAAGUUUGUGAUAUUGCAUUGUCUUAUGACAAUAGUAAGUCUGUGAACUUGUCAAAUAGAGCAUCUACAUCCUCCAAGAGGAAUUCAAGAUUUGAGGUUGAAGAAGAGGUUGAUAUGUUAUCAUUAUUUUGUCGUCACAAAGAAAAAGUACUGUUGUUUGUUGGUUGGGCAGUUAGUAUUACACAUGUAGGACAAAAAUUUGAAGGUGGAAUUAUUGAAUUUCGUAAUGCAUUAUCGAAGUUUUCUAUUGAGUGUGGAUUUGAGUUCAUAUUUGUUAAGAAUGAUAAAGUUUGUGUUACCACACAAUAUUUGUUUAGAGAGAUAGAAGGUUGUAUGUGGAAUGUUCAUGGUAGAGUGGAGAAUGCUAAUGGGUUCUUUUAUAUAGAGCAGCUCAACAACGUCCACACAUGUAGUGCUGAAGUACGUACAAUGAAUUAUUCUUGUAUGAGUUCUGAUUUAGUUAAUAAUUUGAUUGUUAAAGGUGCUCGUGAUAAUCCAUUGACACAUCCAGUUCAUGGUGUUUGGGAUUUUAAGUUGGGGUAUGGGCUAAGAGUUAGUUAUCGCCAAGCUUGGUUGGGGGUAAAGAAAGCAAAGGGUGAUAUUUUUGGAGACUACUUAAUGUCAUUUAACCAGUUAAGAUGGUAUGUUGAUGUUGCAGAGAGUUGCAAUCCAGAGAGUUACAUUGAGUUUGAGUGUGACGAUGAUACUAAACGGUUUGAGAGAUUAUUUGUUAUUUUUCGUGGUUCUAUUAGUGGAUUUGAUUAUUAUGGACCUCUCUUGUUCCUUGAUGGCACAUUUUUGAAGGGAAGAUUUAGAGGAAAUUUACUUGUUGCUACAAGAAAAGAUAGAAAUCAAGAGAAUCAAGACAAUUGGCAUUGGUUUUUGGAGCAUUUGAGUACAAUUAUUUCACCAAAACAAAAUAUUACAUUCGUGUCAGAUCGUAACUUUGGAUUAGUUGAAGUUUUGCCAAAGGUUUUCCCAAUGGCUUUCCAUCCUUAUUGUUUAUAUCAUUUGAAGAUGAACUUGAGGCAUCAUUUGCGUGGUAUGUUUCAUGGAUUGAAGGAAAAGCUGAUCACUUUGUUAGGGAAAUGUGCAUAUGCUUCAACUGAAGAAACAUUUCAUCAAUGUUUGGGUGAGUUAAAGACUGAAGAUUGUAAUGUUGAUGGUGAUAGUGAUAGUGAUGUUGUUCUUCCGCUUUUGUCUAGGAAGCAACCGAGAAGGCCAAAUAAGAAGAGGAUUCGUUCCAAUGGUGAGAAAGUAAGGCAAAUUACUUGUGGUAGAUAUGUGAAGAUUGGCAGUCACAACAAGAAAUAG